AUGGUUGGCUCAGGUGUCUCCCCCAGCUCUCCCGUUGAGGAGCAGCCCGCCAUCGGCCUUAUAGGUAUGGGUGCUAUGGGCUCCAUGUACGCGCAGUGCUUAUCCGACGCCGGCUGGAAAAAGAUCUAUGUGUGCGACUUGCCGAACAAAUACGAGGCAUUGAAGACCAAAUAUGAGAAUACAGGCAUCACUGUCCUCCGUGAUGGCCACCUCGUCUCCCGCGUGUCGGACUUCAUCAUGUACUCGGUCGAGGCGGAGCACAUCAGUCGUGUCGUUUCCGAAUACGGGUCCUCGACCAAGGUCGGUGCAAUCGUCUCCGGCCAAACAUCGGUGAAGGCUCCAGAGAAAGAAGCAUUCGAAAAGUACUUGCCGCAAGACGUUCACAUUGUCUCCUGCCACUCCUUGCAUGGCCCAUCGGUGUCUCCUGCAGGUCAGCCUCUGGUGUUGAUAAAAUACCGCGCACCCGACGAAGCACUCACUCUGGUUGAGAAUAUUCUCCAGCCGCUAGGAUCUCGCUAUGUCUACCUUUCCUACGAGGACCACGACAUCGUUACCGCAAAUACGCAAGCGGUGACACACGCCGCGUUCCUGAGCAUGGGCACAGCGUGGGCCAGCGAAUCCUCGUACCCCUGGGAGCACGGCUAUUACGUCGGCGGGAUCGAGACGGUCAAAGUGAACAUCAUGCUGCGCAUCUACUCGAACAAGUGGCACGUCUACGCGGGGCUCGCGAUCCUGAACCCGUCCGCGCGCGUGCAGAUCGACCAGUACGCGCGGAGCACGACCGAGAUCUUCAAACUCAUGCUCGCACGCGACGCGGAGGGGCUGCGCGCCCGCAUCUACGACGCUCGCACGCGUGUGUUCGGAAACGGUGACGGCUCGCGCGCGCCGAUCCUACUCUCGGAGGACAUGCUGAACCGCUUUAGCCUUGGCACGUCGACGCCCGCCCGCGCGCCGCUUCCGAACUCGCACCUCUCGCUGCUCGCGAUGGUAGAUUGCUGGGCGCGCCUCGAGAUCCAGCCGUUCGAGCACCUCGACCUCGCUGCGACGCCCAUCUUCCGCAUGUGGAUCGGAGUCGCGGAGUACCUCUUCCGCUCGCAGGAACGCCUCGACGCCGCCAUCGAUGCGGCCGUGCACGACCUCGCCCACCGCUCGGACGAUCUCGAGUUCGUCAUCGCGUCCCGCGGAUGGAGCCAGUGCAUCUCGUUUGGGAACUUUGAGCUGUACAAGGAGCGAUUUAUGCAGACCGCGACGUUCUUCGAGUCGCGAUUCGAGGAGGCGACGAAGCUGGGGUCGGCCAUGAUUCAGGCCAUUAUGGACAGUUCGAUGACGUAG